AUGAUUGUUUUUGGUAAUAAACGUACUUUAAUAUCAAAUAAUUUAUGGAAACAUUGGUUUGAAAGUGUUCCAAGUGUUAAUUCAGCACAAUUUAUAAAUGAAUGUUUAAUAAAACAAAAUCAAAUAACAGAUCAACAUCAAUCUCAAUCAACAAAACAAACAAAACAAUACACUCAUAAUAAAUACAACAAUUCUAGAAAAAUUUAUCCUCAAUAA